AUGGUCUUAACUAAAUCUUACCAACGCUAUCAGCCUGCUGGUGUAUUUGGUGUAAUUGCUAGUCCUAACGCCAACAUCUUAAGCUAUCGCGAUCAAUCCAAUGUUAUUGUUGCACCAGCUCUGGAAGACGUCUACAUUUGGGAUAUUCGAUUGGGUCGUAAGCUAGCGGUAUAUCAUGGAGAUCAAAAUGCAGAAGUAACCGCUCUUGCAAAUAGCUCAAACUGGGUCCACAUUGCAGUAGGCUACAAUGAUGGCACCAUUAAAUUAUGGAAUACAAAUGAUGGCAGCAGCAAAGUCACUUUAAGCGGGCACAAAUCUGCUAUAACGGUAUUAAAGUACGAUACGACCAAUACAAGGCUGGUUAGUGGCAGCAAGGACAGCAAUGUUAUAUUAUGGGAUGUUGUCAAUGAAACAGGAUUAUUCCGUUUAAAAGGUCAUAAAGAUGCCAUUACCCAAUGUUGCUUUCUACGGAAUGCAAAUGUUCUCAUUACCAGUUCCAAAGAUUCAAUGCUUAAAUUUUGGGACUUAGAUACGCAGCAUUGCUAUCAUACUUUACUUGGGCAUCGUAGUGAAGUUUGGGAUUUUGUUUUGCUUCGUAAUCAAACACGUCUGAUAUCUGGAUGCAGCGAUAGCCAACUCAGAGUAUGGGAUCUCGUAUAUAAUAAGCACGAUCAGACUAAGAUGCAACAUGAAGGGAAUCAAGAAAGUAAAAAAGAUGAGGAAACCGUGAAUGGUGCUGUUGCCUGCCAAUACAAGGGAUCUUUGAUGAGGCAGAGUAAAGAGAGACUAAUAACAAUCUUAUCUGAUGAAGCAGUACUAGGAUGCCUGGCCGCUGAUGCACAACUGGAGAUAUUUAGAAUUCGUAAUGAUCAAGAAAUCAAAGCGCACGUUAAAAGACGUAUGAAAAGGAUUGCUAAAAAAUCAAAGGAUAAUGCCGAAUCCUCUGAAGUGACUCUUCUGCAACCGACCUUAGAAGAUGAAUAUUACAGAAUAUAUGCUAUCCGCUGUGAUGCUAAAAUUAGGUUUGUCAAACUGAUAUAUGAAGCAGUAGACAAUAGUUUAAAGGUUUUAUUAUUACUAAAUAACAAUAGCUUAGAAAUUCAACAAAUUAAUUACGGAGUAAAAGCCAUUCAAUGCAAGGUUACAAAUAAUUUACAUGCUCUUGGCCACAGAACAGUUAUAAGGUCAGUAGCGUUUAGUGGUGAUGGUCGAUACGUUGCUUCUGGCGCUUCAGAAUCUGUCAAAAUCUGGAACAGUUCUAGUCAUCAAAGUAUACGAACAUUACCUUCGGGUUACGUUUUAAGUAUGUUCUUUGCACCUGGCGAUAGGCAAAUAAUUGUUGGAACAAGGAGUGGCGAAAUACAAAUUUUCGAUAUAGCUUCUGGUUUAAUGUUGGAAACAGUUCAAGCUCAUUCCAAGAAUGUUUGGUCGAUGUGUUUAAAUCCUGACAAGAGGGGUUUCGUUUCUGGUGGAGCCGAUCAAAAUGUUCAAUUUUGGGAAUUUGAACUUAUCUCCGAUGAAAAGUUUUCCAGUUCUAGUAAGCGAUUGUCCAUCACGCUAAUCAGAACUUUGCAAAUGUCAGAAGAUGUUCUGGCCGUGAAGUACAGCCCUGAUCAAAGGCUUUUAGGUGUUGCCCUUUUAGAUUGCACUGUUAAGAUAUUCUAUUCGGAUACCUUAAAGUUCUUCCUGUCGCUAUAUGGCCAUAAGCUACCCGUCUUGUCUAUGGAUAUAUCUUCCGAUAGCACGUUAAUCGCUACUGCAUCUAGUGAUAAGAACGUCAAAUUAUGGGGUUUGGAUUUUGGUGAUUGUCAUAAGUCGAUCUUUGCUCAUGAUGACAGGUACAAUAUUUUUAUUCCCCGAACUCACUUGUUUUUUACUGCAAGUAAAGAUCAAACCAUCAAGUACUGGGAUGGUGAUAAGUUUGAAUAUAUUACUGCUAUGAAGGGUCACCAUGGUGAAAUCUGGAGUAUAGCAGUUAGUCCAAAUGGCAAUUUUUUGGUUAGUAGUUCCCACGACCGUUCGCUACGCAUGUGGGAGCGUUCCGAUCAGUUAGUUUUCGUUGAAGAAGAGAGAGAGUUAGAAAGGGAAACAAUGUUCGAGGAAUCAACAUAUAAUGAAUCAUCUGAUAAAGUGAUACCUGGAGAAACAUCAACCGAAGUUGCAAUGGCUAGCAAAACAACUAUCGAAACUGUAAAAUCGGCUGAGCGUAUUAUUGAAGCUAUUGAUAUCUACGAAGAAGAGCUGCGUGAAAGGGAAAAUUCUCCAAACCAAAACGGCCCAUUUAACCAAAUUUUAAAAGCUCUUGGAGAUAUUAAGGCAGAAACUUACGUUUUGAACACCCUAAAAAAGAUUAAAUCCAGCGAGUUAGAAGAAGCACUAUUGGUACUACCAUUUGGUAAAGUAUUGAAGUUCGUGAAAUUGACGAAUGACUGGAUAAAGAAUGAUCAGGAAUUAGAGUUGGUUUGUAGAUGUUUAAUAUUUUUACUAAAAGUUAAUCAUCCACAGCUUGUUGCUAAUAAGGCAUUAAUGUCAACAUUGGACCAUCUAAAAGAUAUCACCGUGAAAAAAAUAUCAUCACAGCGAGAUUUAUUAGGAUUUAAUUUAGCUGGAUUACAACACAUUAAGAGAGAAAUGGAAUCGAAUGAUAUUACCUUCUUUGUCGACAGCGAUAAAAAACUACGAGAAAUAAAAAAACGUCGAAAGGUUAAGCGUUACAUUCCGCAAUUCCGUUCGUAA